AAAACGAUUCUCAUCUUCACAACCGCAGAAACAUCUCCAUAUAUACUCUUACAUCUUUGCAGAUUGCAUUUUGUCCAAAACCAUGGCGAAUAGUCACAGCUAAAUAUAUGAAACUAUGAGCUCAUUGCCUUGAAAUCAAGACAUGGACUAUUUAUCUAGAAGCCAAUUUGCAAUUGUGCGCAUUAUGACUCCGUGCUAACUUAUUUCAAUAAUGACAGCCGUUUUGUUGUUUGGAAAUGAAAUUGAAUUUGUACGAUGUUUAGUGCUCUGCAUCCAGAAUAAGCACCAGUCACUGCGGCUCUUUCUUUAAUGUGGAGUCCAUUGGGAAUCUGCAGCUAUUGAUUGCCCAUGUUCACCACUUACAAUAAUAAUUGCUGAAUAUACCUAAAUACUUGUGAAAAUGAGGACUGUGCUUUGAUCCAGAUUUUUUUAGUUUAACCGUGUGUUGAGGACUGCGGGGAGGAAGUGAUAACAUGGCAAUGAUCGGCAAAAAAAUGAAAGAGGAACAGUUGAAGCAAAUCUGGCUAUGAAUGCAGUAACUGUUCUCUAUUCAACUGUGAUUUCAUCUUUUUUUUUUCCACCGUUUUAUAAUCUGUGCAUCCAGCAUGCUUUGCCUGUUGAUUUGUUCCAGAAUACAGAAUGAAAACUGGAAUUGAACUGAAUACAAUUGUUGGUUGUAAACUGAUGUGGCUACUGGCCUUGCAGAACAGAAAAAAAAGUCUAAGAAUGAAAUGACUGAAACCAAGCCGUGGCUGUAAUACUUAGCAAUUGAUGAUCAACUUUGAUGGGUCCUUGUAUUUUGGAUUUUGUCCAGAUCGUCUGCAAAUCCCCACCGUCUUUAAUAUUCAUGAAUUUCUGCCUGCAAAUAGAGAUAAUAUGAUGCAAUUGACAGUUGUUUUGGAGGCGUAGCUGACAACUUGGCAUUUUCAAAGUGCAUUUGUUUUUUUAUAGCUUGUCUCUAUUGGAAAGUUUGCAGCUACUUUUCCCAACCUCUCCCUCUAAAUGCAAUGUUUUUUUGCAUGCCAACACUUUUUUUUUUUUUUCUCCCUCGAGCUGCUCAAUCAUACAUCAGAAUAGAAUGUGUAAAUUGCAGUCUGUCUAAUCUUCUUUGGAUGAGAUAGUUAUCAUCUGCUUUAAACCAUCCAAGAUUGAAAUACUUGAUUUCUUGGAAAGUGAAAUCAAUCUCCUAAUGCUGUCAUAACUGCCCUCAUGUGGCAGAUCACUGGGGGCUUGCCUUCUCUAUCAGUUUUUAAUUUGACUGGGAUUUUAGUGACAACAAAAACUAGAUAACUGAUAAACAGACACUGUUUGGGAUGUGCCGCUUUGUCCUUUUUCACUUUUUCUAUUGGGCUUCUGUUCAAGCUUUGAAAACUUUGAAUUAUUCAGUUUCAGAAGAAGGGGGGUCAAGAAAUGCUAUUGGCAAUAUUAACGAUGCACAGCUGGAGCCUCCAGAACGGGGGAAAAGACCUAAUUUUAGGGUGCUGGAGAACUCUGCUCCUCAUUUAUUGGAUGUUGAUUCGAACAGUGGGUUACUGUACACUAAGCAACGGAUUGAUCGUGAAGCUCUUUGCAAAAACAGUCCUAAGUGUGUAAUUUCUCUAGAAGUUUUUGCAAAUGACAAGGAGAUAUGUAUGAUCAAGGUUGAAAUACUUGAUAUAAAUGACAACUCUCCUAAAUUUGCUUCCGAUCAGAUUGAUAUAGAUAUUUCAGAAAAUGCCUCACCAGGUACCAGAUUUCCUUUAACGACAGCACAAGACCCGGAUUUUGGGACUAAUGGCUUGAGGACUUAUAAAAUAAGAGGAGAUUCUGGCUUGUUUUCCUUGGAUAUUAAAUCUAGAGGGGAUGGUACAAAAGUUCCUGAGUUAGUUAUUCAGAGAGCCUUAGACAGAGAAGAACAGUCUCAUCAUACACUUAUUUUAACUGCCUUUGAUGGAGGAAACCCUCCAAGAUCAGCCAAUCUGCAGAUAAACAUUAAGGUUAUUGAUGCCAAUGACAACAGUCCUGUUUUUGAAUCAAAAUCAUACACUGUUGAAAUAGCUGAGAAUUCACCAUUGGGGAAGAGGAUAAUUGACCUAAAUUCUACAGAUCCAGAUGAGGGCUCUAAUGCAGAUAUCUUGUAUUCAUUCAGUGGUUAUGCAUCUGAACAAGUAUGGGACCUAUUUUCCAUUGAUUCUCAAACUGGCGUGAUACAGGUUAAAGGCAAUAUAGAUUAUGAAGAAAUUCAGAUGCUUGAAAUUGAUGUGCAGGCAGAAGACCAAGGACCAAACCCAAUUCCCGUGCAUUGCAAAGUGACUGUUUUAGUUACUGACAUAAAUGACAACUAUCCAUCUAUCAGCUUUGUGUCUGUCCGCCAGGGGGCAAUUAGUGAAGCCUCUCCUCCUGGUACUGUUAUAGCCUUAGUUAGAGUUACUGAUAAGGACUCUGGAAAAAAUGGCCAAUUCCAGUGCUGGGUCCUGGGCAAUGUCCCAUUUAAACUUGAAGAUAACUAUGACAACUUCUACACUGUUGUAACCAGUAGGCCUCUUGAUCGUGAAAUACAAGAUGAAUACAAUAUAACCAUCAUUGCUAGAGAUAAUGGAAACCCCUCGCUAGAUUCUACAAAUUCUUUCUCUGUAAGGAUUUUGGAUGAAAAUGACAAUCCUCCGAGUUUCUCUAAAUCAAUGUAUGCAUUGCAAGUUUCUGCAAAUAAUAUCCCUGGAGAGUACCUUGGUUCAGUUCUUGCACAAGAUCCAGAUUUAGGGCAAAAUGGAACUGUAUCUUAUUCUAUAUUCCCCUCGUACAUUGAUGGUGUGUCAAUUUCCACAUAUGUUUCCAUUAACCCAAGGAAUGGAGCAAUAUAUGCCCUAAGGACUUUCUAUUAUGAGCUAACAAAAUAUUUUGAAUUUAAAGUAAUCGCAAAGGACUUCGGCACUCCACAUUUAGAAAGCAAUGCCACUGUCAGAGUGUCUGUUUUAGAUGUCAAUAACAAUGCGCCAGUCAUUGUUCUACCCAGCUUACAGAAUGAUACCGCAGAAAUUUAUGUGCCACGGAAUGUGGGCGUGGGAUAUGUUAUCAGCACUGUUAGAGCUAUGGACAUUGACUUUGGAGAAAGUGGCCGAGUGACUUAUGAAAUAAUUCAGGAAAGUAAAGAACACCUCUUUGAAAUAGAUUCAGUGACUGGAGAGAUCAGAUUGCUCAACUCGCAUUGGGAGAAUGUUGCCCCAGUGGUUGAACUAAUAAUCAAAGUCACCGAUAAUGGAAAACCAUCACUUUCAACUGUAGCAAAAUUAAUCAUAAAGGCAAAUUCAGACUGUGUAGGGUGCAUUAAUGAAGAAGGCAACGUAAUCGGAGAACAACGGGACUGGGACAUCUACUUGCCCGUUUUGAUUGCUCUGAGUGCAAUUUCUAUUAUCCUUUUUGCUGCAAUGGUCACAAUAGUUGUUAAGUGUAAAAAGGAGAACAAAGAUGUUGGAUCCUACAGUGGUAGGACAGCCUAUUCCACUCAACCUAAAUUAGGAAAAAUGAAAAAAAAAAACAUAAACAAAAAUGAUAUUAUGCUUGUCCAGAGUGAAGUGGAAGAAAAAAAUGCAAUGAAUGUUGUGAGCUGCCCAUUACUUGUCACAUCUCCAAUGUAUUUUGAUUGUCAGUCCAGACUUCCUCUCAGUUCCUCUCAUUCAGGCGUGAUGUAUUUUACUCCUACUUCUAAUGAGACUGAUCCUAAAGAGAAUGCAGGUUGUCAAAAUCAGAACAAUGACACAGGCCCAGCAAGACUGGCCUCUGAAAAUUCUUCUACCUCUACCUGGAUACCAUUAACUAAGACAGACAAUUUCCCUGCUGAGCCCAAUUACAUGGGAAGCAGACAGCAAUUUGUUCAAAGCAGCUCAACCUUCAAAGACCCAGAAAGAGCAAGCCUAAGGGACAGUGGUCAUGGAGACAGUGAUCAAGCUGACAGUGAUCAAGAUACCAACAAAGGUUCCUGCUGUGACAUGUCUGUAAGAGAGGCCCUUAAGAUGAAAACCACGACGGCUAAAUGCCAACCUCUGGAGCAAGAUCCUUGCUGUAAAACUCUGGAAAGGUGUAAUGCAAAGUCUGUAUGCAAGACUGUAUGCACAGAGCAAGAGGAGUGUGUUAAUUGUACAGAUGAAUGCCGAGUCCUUGGCCAUUCUGACAGAUGUUGGAUGCCGCAAUUUCCUACAGCAAACCAGGUUGAAAAUGCCGAUUAUCGCACAAAUCUCUUUGUUCCAACUGUGGAAGCUCAUGUUGAGACUGAAACUUAUGAAACUGUGAAUCCCACUGGAAAAAAGACAUUUUGUACAUUUGGGAAAGACAAACGAGAGCACACCAUUCUCAUUGCCAAUGUAAAACCAUAUUUAAAAGCCAAGCGUGCCCUGAGUCCUCUGCUACAAGAGGUUCCCUCUGCAUCUAGCAGUCCAACCAAGACAUGCAUUGAGCCUUGUGCCUCAACUAAGGGACCAUUGAAUGGCUGUGAAAUAAAAUCAGGAGUCUUGGCAGAAACAACCAAUCAAUACCUGUCCUCUGAAAGUCAGUACAUAUCACCUAGUAAACAGACAAAGGACCCUCAGUAUAUCGCAUCAGACCCAAUGGCUCGUGUAUUUGCUGAUGUGCACUCCAGAGUGAGCCGAGACUCAAGUGAAAUGGACGCAGUCUUGGAACACCUGGAGCAUUCAAACCGUGAUUUAGGGCGAGAGUCCGUGGAUGCUGAGGAAGUUGUGAGAGAAAUUGAUAAGCUCUUGCAAGACUGUCGAGGCAGCGAACCUGUGGCUGUUAGAAAGUGAAAUGGACAGAGAGGCUAUUGUGUUUGCCUUUUUUGAAGUUACAUACAGUUUUCCCUUGGUACAGCACAUUUUCAGGGGAGAUGAUGGACAGAUGCUGCUUUGUGGCUAAAAGUGAACGUUUAAAGUGCCCCCAAAUUCUUGUCACUGUCUUUUUUUUCUGUUACUCAAAUUACACUGGCUUUAUUUUGACAAAAAAAUACUUUUGGACAAAUUCAAGAAAAAUAUGUUGUGGUGGAAUUUGACAAUCUGGUGUAAAAGGGAACAAAACUGGAGCUACUUGUGAAGUUGUGCAACUUCCCAUUGUAGUUGGUGUGACUUAAUUUGCUAAGGAAAAGAACCCAUUACCUAACAGGGUUAACUAAUAUAUGUGUGGAUUUUAAAUGAACAUCACUAGCUUCUAAUUAAAGUCCGAACUAAUUUUUGCUGUAGUCUUAGCUGCACCAAGCAUCAGCACCCAUUUGUGAUUAACAUUUCUAUAUAAAUGAUCAACAUUCCAAAAAAAUUUCCAGUUCAACCUGUCAGUGUCAUGUAGUGCAUUCCCAUGCCACACAUAGUUAUAUAUAUAAAAAAAUUAUAUAGUCGACUUACUGUGUCCUGCACUUGCAUACGCUAAUUCACUUUAUGUACGAAAAGUGUUGAAUUCGAAUUUUAGUGUCCUACAAAAAUAAACAGCUGUUUGCAUAUGGAAAUAAUUAUGUUUUUCAACUGCUAAAAAAUGGAUCUUAAAAAAAUAUUGUUGCCAUUUAAAAGUAAAGUACUUAGUUGACCAAUAAAAUUGAAAUAUUUUUUUUAAUUGAUUUGUGGACACUAAAAUUUGCUCAGGAAAGUAAGAUGUCCUAUUCAUUAAAAACAAAUAUCACAUGACCAUUUAAAUGUGCAAAUGUAAGAAGAUUUUAAAGUGUUUACAUCAAAAUUACAUAUUUUUAUGAUUUAUUUGCAAUUUUAGUGCAUAUGAGCCAAAUUGUUGCGUGUAUAAGAGCUAUAUUGUGUAUUUUAUUAAAUUAAUAUAUAGUUGUGUUGCAAAAAGAAAAAAAAAUUGGGCUUAUAUUGUAAAUGGCAAGUGUUGCCUCAGUAGCUGUCGAACUCUAUGAGUUUUUGUUUUCCUGUUUCCUUUUCCCUCUGUGGAUUAUGGGAAGCAGUGCCUCAGAGCUACAACUCUUGUUAUAUGUAUGGUCUUAAAAGGAUAGUACAUAAUCUGUUCAAAAUGUGUUCAAAAAGACUGUUGGAGCAAGGUUA